CAUUACAAUCACAGUGGAAUCCACUCACUAAGAAACACAAACGUCAUAGCAUCCUUGGUUAUACAUGGAAUAAAGGACGGUCCAAGACAAUAGAAAUCUCCGACUCCCUCUUAUUAAACCAAAUACUAAAAAACCUAAGGUUUAAUACCUUCUAACUGUUUGGUACAUUAUAUUUUAAAAAUUCAACCAUCUUCCGAAGCUCCCAAGUUUCCAAUCGUGUCAACCAACUUCCUAGAUUUCCACGUGCGAACCCAUCCAAUUCGUACCAUACAGGCAAAAGACGGGGCUUGGAGCGAAUUCCCCGAUCUACCAGAGGGGAGAUAAGGAGAUAUAAGCGGUUCCUGGACCGCUGCGGCGUAUACCGACGAUGAAGUACGGGGAACACCUUCAAGAAGAGUCCGUACCGAGCUGGGGUCUACAUAAUAUCGACUACAACUCAUUGAAGCACCAGAUCAAGGUACACACUACCAAGGAUCAAGCCACGGCUAUCGCUAUUCCAGGCCAGCAAGAUCAUGCUCUAAAGAGGUUCGAGGAUGGUUUCUACCUUGAGCUUUGUAAUCAACAUAAUCGAGUCGGUCUCUUUGUCACCAGCAAAGCAGAUGAGAUUUCGAGGCGACUAUGUCACCUGUCGAAUUCAAUACAGCAGCUUGUAAUACGAUGUAACGAAGCCGGUGGCGUGUCCCCAAAAAGACAGCGACGGCUUGCCAAGUACGCCCUUCAAGUUGAUGAAUGCAAUGAGGAUAUUAAGGCUUUAAGCCGAUUUGUUAACGCUCAGGUCAUUGCGUUCCGCAAGAUUCUCAAGAAGUACAGGAAAUGGACCGGCUCAACCAGUUUAACUAGUCGUUUUAAGGAGAAUGUUCUCACCUCACCCAAGAGCUUCACGAAGCGCGACUUUCAUCCGUUACGAUUACAACACCAAGAACUACUUGCAAAUUUGCAGGCUGUCUCUCCUAACAUUAAUUCAUUUCGGGUCGAACCCCGAAUAGGGAGAACGAAGUCACGGUUUGAAACCGAAACACCAAACGAGAGUCGCCGACCAUCGCUAACACCAGGGUCUGAUCCCACGUCCGUGAACACCCCUGGCGCUUCUUCGAUGACGUAUUGGAAUGAAUAUGAACAUGGGAGUGAAGCCGGUGAUAAUGACGAUGGAUACGCUUUGUACAUCGACCCGAACGCAAAUACGGACUUUCCGGGUCUUGUAUAUAUCAAGACCAUGUUCGCUGCCCCUGUGGAUAAAGUCCGCCACUGGCUCAAGGCCCGAACGCCCCAAACUGCUGAGACACAGUCCCUCCUCGGCGGCCAUUCACCUGCCGACUAUUUCAGCGCCCAUAAUAAUCCAGCUGCGACCGAUAACGAUGCUACCGAAGAUGAGUAUGCCUCAUCACUAAAUUCUAGUAUCGGACGCCGAAACAAGUUGCGCUAUGCGGCAUUGCCGGCUACCGAGGAAAACCACGAGUAUCAGAUUGUGAUGUAUCGAGACAAGAUACUAACGCGAUCUGUCGUGCUGGCCUUCGUUGUCGCAUUUAUUCUCUUGGCCAUAUCCGGGGUGCUAGUAGCAACAGGCCGACAUAAGCUACGGCUCGAAGUCGACGCUGGUGUAGCCAUUGGAUCAGUCACCAGUCUAUUCAGCGCUUGCAUGGGUUUAGGUGCUAUGUUAUAUCGCCAUUACCCCGUCAGCGUCAUCUACAAGCUCGCCGUUUGGGCCGCUUUCAUAGCUGUCUGCUCCCUAAACGGCAUGUUGCUCGUAAUCGUGAUGGGCAGUAAUGGCUUAUGAAAGUACCCAACCAAACUAAACCUCCUUCCCUCCAUCCCUCCCAACAAUGUAUUAAACUUCCUAGCCCCCACUACGAUAGAAAAUGGGCGGUUAUAUCCUACAAUAGAGACUCCCUGGCGUUCGUAGGAGGCGUUUUCCUUUAUUAGAUGGGGAUGAGCAAUCCCCCCCCCCCCCCCACAUAUAUGAGGCUACAUGCCUUGCUU